AUGUCACUGCAAAUGGUAACAGUCAGCAAUAACAUAGCCUUAAUUCAACCAGGCUUCUCACUGAUGAAUUUUGAUGGGCAAGUUUUUUUCUUUGGCCAAAAAGGUUGGCCAAAGAGGUCCUGCCCCACCGGAGUUUUCCACUUUGAUGUAAAACAUAACUGUCUCAAACUGAAACCUGCUGUUUUCUCCAAAGAUUCCUGCUACCUACCUCCUCUUCGGUACCCAGCCAUCUGUUCAUUUAAAAGUGGCUUUGACUCUGAAAAGUAUCAAUAUAUCAUUCAUGGAGGAAAAACACCAAACAAUGAACUUUCAGAUAAGUUUUACAGUAUGUCUCUUAUUUGCAAGAACAACAAAAAAGUGACUUUCCAGUGCACUGAGAAAGACUUAGUAGGAGAUGUUCCUGAAGCCAGAUAUGGCCAUUCCAUUGAUGUGGUAUAUAGUCGAGGGAAAAGCAUGGGUGUUCUGUUUGGAGGGAGGUCAUAUAUACCUUUUACUCAAAGAACCACAGAAAAAUGGAACAGUGUAGCUGAUUGUCUGCCUUAUGUUUUCUUGAUGGAUUUUGAAUUUGGGUGUACUACAUCAUACAUUCUCCCUGAACUUCAGGAUGGACUGUCUUUCCAUGUCUCUCUUGCCAGAAAUGAUACUGUUUAUAUUUUAGGAGGACAUUCCCUUGCCACUAAUACUCGACCUGCCAACCUAUACAGAAUAAAGGUUGACCUCCCUUUGGGUAGCCCAGCUGUGAAUUGCACAGUCUUGCCUGGAGGAAUCUCUGUCUCCAGUGCAAUACUAACUCAAACAAACAGUGAUGAGUUUGUUAUUUUUGGUGGCUAUCAGCUUGAAAAUCAAAAAAGAAUGGUCUGCAACAUUGUCUCUUUAGAGGACAACAAGAUAGAAAUUCAUGAGAUGGAAACUCCCGAUUGGACACCAGACAUUAAGCAUAGCAAGAUAUGGUUUGGAAGUAACAUGGGAAAUGGAACUAUUUUCCUUGGCAUCCCAGGAGAUAAUAAGCAGGCUACUUCAGAUGCUUUCUAUUUCUAUAUGUUGAAGUGCUCUGAAGAUGUUGUGAAUGAAGAUCAGAAAAUACUCACAAACAGUCAGACUUCAACAGAAGAUCCAGGGGACUCUACUCCCUUUGAGGAUUCAGAAGAAUUUUGUUUCAGUGCAGAAGCAAAUAAUUUUGAUGGCGAUGAUGAAUUUGACACCUAUAAUGAAGAGGACGAAGAAGAUGAAUCUGUGACAGGCUACUGGAUAACGUGCUGCCCUACUUGUGAUGUAGAUAUCAACACAUGGGUACCAUUUUAUUCAACUGAGCUCAACAAGCCUGCCAUGAUCUAUUGUUCUCACGGAGAUGGACACUGGGUCCACGCCCAGUGCAUGGAUCUGGCAGAACACACACUCAUAAACUUGUCAGAAGGAAGCAACAAGUAUUAUUGCAAUGAGCAUGUGGAGAUAGCACGAGCAUUACAAACUCCCAAACGAGUCUUACCCUUAAAACGGCCUCCAAUGAAAGCUCACCGCAAAAAAGGAUCUGGGAAACUCUUGACUCCUGCCAAGAAAUCCUUCGUUAGGAGGUUGUUUGAUUAG